AAUUCUUCUCCUCCAUACUCAGAACAAGGUGCUCCUUGCUGCACAGCGACCAAUGCAGUAGCAUCCUGCAGCACUGACUCAGGACACGGGGUGGAAAGCAGAGCGAUGAAGAAGACCACCAGAGACCACCUGGUUUCCACCCUGGAGAACCUGAGGGAGGAGGAUCUCAACAGAUUCAAGUUCAAGCUCAAUGAAUUCCCCAUUGCAGAGUGCUUUGACAACAUCCCCCAAGGGUCACUGGAGAAAGCGAAUGCCAUGGAUCUGGGCCGACUCCUGCUGGGAUUCUACACGGAGGAUUAUUCUGUGCAGGUGACAGUCAAUGUGCUCAAUGCCAUCAACUGCAGGGAUGAGGCAGAGAAGCUCCUCAGCCUCACCAGGAAGAGCUAAGAAAGAAGGAGGGCCAUCUCAUGGAACUGGCUGGGAUUGAAGGCAAAUGGAGGGCCGGUCGCCACUGAUGCCCCACCCGCUGGGAGGUGAGGGUGAUUGAUUCUGGCCAUUUCUUCAUGGGGACGAAAGGAGGAAAGCCUUAUAUCAGGGCCAGCCAAUCUAGUGCCCUUCAGCUCUUCAUUUAUUUUACUUAUUUAACAGAAUUUGCAUUCCUUUUAGCUGUAAACACCUCUAAGCAGUGU